GCCUAUGUUUUCUUCUCCCCCGCCUCCAGCCCAAUCCGGCGUGCCGUCAACAAAAUACGAGUUCUUGGCAGCCCAACGCGGGCCGGGAUCAACCGCCCGACGUCACUCCUUUUCCGGAUCAGGUCACACAGGACGCUAUCACCAGAUCUCGCCUCACACGCUAUGAACGGCCCACGUUCAGGUCGAUCGAUCGGUCCGGAUAUAAAUCUGAACGCUUGUCCUCUCUAUCCUUGGUAGGAGGCUUGUUGUAGACAUCAUCUCGACAACUACACCAACUACACAUACAUAAUACACACAUAUAUCUAAUAUAUUACUCUUUCGCCCUUUCGACUGCCAAAGGCCUAGUUCGUACAACUACUCAUCCCUUAUCACGAUAAUCCCCCAUUAUUAGUGGUAGCGACACCUAUUACCACAAGAACACGACCAACUAUAAAAACUACGAACGCUCGCACGUCAUUCCCAAGUCCGCCAUCACAAUGCGAGGCUUCUUCUCUACCAUCGCCACCCUCCUGCCGCUAGCCGCCGCCGCGCCGAUGGUUGCAGAGGUGCGCGACAGCAACCCGGGCUGCCAGGCUGCCUCGUUCGGUAACUUCGAGUGGACGAUUGAGGACUUCGUGUACCACUCCAACUACAUAUUCACCACGCCAGCGCACCAGAAUUCGUGGGGCUACGUCGACUUCAACCUGACGAACCCGGCCCUCGAGUACCCGGCCGUGUGCAGUGCGCGCAGCAACCAGCUGAGCGACUUCUUCUACGGCACGAUGCCUUACAGGUGCACCGUCCCCGACGGCUCCACCACCGAGACCACCUUCGACUUCAGCCGGCCCAGCGGCGCCCUCAACGUCAACCAGACCUGGACCUGCAGCGACACCGAUCCCAAGUAUCCAACUACGAUCCACGCCUACGGGUCCGUCAACCUGACUCUGUCCUGCACGGACGAGACGUGGAUCAACCCGAACUGGACGAUGGGCCAGAUCUACUCGAGCCGGAUAGUCGAGUGCGAGCCCGUCACGCUUCCGCUAAAGCCGUACCUGAUAACUGCCGUCGCCUAAACCGGGGACGAGAGGGGGAAGGGGUUUCCUGGGGCGUCAUUUUUUAUGAGGAACGACUUCGACGGACGGAUGCAUGAUAGGGAUCUUCAUGGGUGGGUUUCUACGAACCAGGGCGUAACGGACACGAGCACAAAAUGAUGUUACGAGAUUCCAACUAGAUAUUAUAGACUCGACGUCAUCACAUGGAAGGCGACAAUUUAAUGUUAAUAUGGAUCAUGAGAAUACCUAGGUAGAGAUACACAUAUAUAGCUAUGCAAUUUUACACGGAUAGAUCUAGGUAUGUUUUUGGGUACCUAUAUCUCACACACACACACGAAUCUAUGUUAUUAUGUUGCUUAACUAAGGCGCUUAUCGAGCCGGCAAAGUGCUCAUUAAUCUCAUCAUAGGCACAUCGCUCUAAGUUCUCCGGGCUUGUCUUAGUGAGCACCUCAUUGAAUGUGUCUAUAUACCGCCAAAUGUAGUAUUAUCAGACCUCCCAAGUGUCUAAGU